GAGGCCUUUUCUCUUAAGCAGUGAUCCGCAGACCCAACCAAGUAGGUGCUUCGACACUUGUAUGGAGCUCAAAGCAAACGCUGGAUUACUCUGUCUGGCGCGUAUCUUAAGAGAUGUUUGCUCUAGCGUGGGAACACAGCGUUCGAGAGACAGCAGCGCGUGUAGCUGGCGUAUUCAAGGUGAACUGGCACCUGGGCUUGACUGCGUUUGGAGGACCACCGGUGCAUUUUAAAAUUUUUCACGACCGCUUUGUAAGGCGCCUGCAAUGGAUAGACGAUCAGAUGUAUCAAGAGCUGUUUAGCAUCUCUCAAGCUCUUUCGGGUCCAGCAAGCACUAAGAUGCUUUAUUGCAUCAACCUCAUCCAAAAUGGCUUCCUUGGCGCCAUCGUAGCCUUCAUGAUCUGGAGCUUACCGGGCGCCUUGGGAAUGUAUGGGCUCUCCCUGGGCGUUUCAAACAUUGGUCCUAGUCUCCCACGCGCAGUUUACGCUCUCCUUUCCGGCCUCAACGCUGCCACUGUCGGCAUCAUCGCUCAAGCGGCUAUGGAGCUCUCUGAUAAGGCCAUCACCGAUAAGCUUACAAGAACUCUCGUGUUUCUCUCUGCCGCCGCGGGUAUAAUUUACAACGCGAUAUGGUUCUUCCCAAUACUCAUGUGUACUGCGGGCUGCUCAGCUGUUGUGUACGACUACCGCUGGAUUCAUAAGCCGGCGAUACGGGCCAGGGGGAUGUUGAGGGCGUUGCUUGGCAAGAAACAAGAGGAACCCUCCCGUACAGCCAGCCGGGAUGGAGAAGUUGGCGGUGAUAUCGAGCUUCCAUUGACUAGGCGAAGACCCACGCCACACGUCACGAAUUCUGGCUCGACAGGAAUCUCACAUGCCAGUCUUCAGCCUUCGUCGUCUGACCACCGGAUCAUGAAUGCCUCGAGCUUUGAACGGGGCGCAAGUACGUCGCCUCUGGAAGCCGAGGUACGCCGCGCUUUAGCCGAUUCCGAGCCCCGUACCAUUCCCAAGGAGUUUCAACUCCACUUCUCCUGGAAAGCGGGCACCGCCAUCAUAGCAACCUUCUUCACCACGUUCAUCGCCGUGAUGACUAUUCGAGGCGUGAUCUCAGAUCUCCCAGUUCUCUAUCGACUUUUUUCCAAUCUCUACCUUGCAGGUACCAUCAUUUUUGGAGGCGGUCCUGUGGUAAUUCCUCUACUUCGCGAGUACGUUGUGGCCGAGGGCUGGGUGUCUCCGCGGGACUUCCUAAUUGGCCUUGCUAUUGCACAGUCCUUCCCCGGCCCUAACUUCAACUUUGCCGUCUUUCUUGGCGGGCUGACCGCGGUCAAUGCGGGCCAUUCUACAAUCACGGGCGCUGCCAUCGCUUUUAUCGGCAUUUUCACCCCGGGACUGAUCCUCGUUCACGGCACGAUUGGCGUUUGGGGAGCGCUGCGGAGCAGACCAUGGGUGAGAGCCGUGGUGCGCGGCGUGAACGCCUCAGCCGUCGGGCUUAUUUACACUGCCGUCUACCGCAUCUGGCAGGUUGGGUUUCUCGACAAGGGUUUCCAGUCAGGGAGGAGUUUAGGUGACGACCCCUGGUGGGUUAUUGUCACAGCUACUGCGUAUGUUGGGGGACGGUAUUACAGACUGGCGGCGCCGUUGGCGGUCUUGCUCGGAGCGAUAAUGGGUUUAGUCAGGUACGGUGUUGUGUCGACGUAGAAGUUAGGCCAAGACUCUAAAAUAGCAAGUAACUUCUAGCUUGCCUAAUAAGGUCACUCACCGCGGCUGUCUCACUGGCCAAAGGUGAGGAGAACGUAGCGAGGCUUAGAGGUGGUAGUCGUUUC